CCUGUGUGCGGACGCCCCGCCCGGCCUAGUCAGCGCCCUGGCGGGUCCGGGCGGGAGGGAGGGGGCUGCGGGGUCCCCGCGUCGUCCCCGCUGGCCGACUCCGAGGGCCGGGGCAGCCCGUUGGCAGGCGGAGUUCGUCGUCCAGCCCACCGGAAGUCGUCUGCGUACCAGGAGUCUGCGGGGAGGGGGCUCCGGCGUAGUGUUGCGCUGCUUUUCCUGUAGAAACGGUUCUCAACCUGGGCUCUGCACCAGAUGGCUCCUGGGGGGACUGACCUGUGCAUUGUAGGAUCUUUAGCAGCAUCCCUUGCUUUUGCCUCCUAGAUGCCGGUCACACCUCCCUCCUCUCCGCCCCCCUUUUAUGACAACCAAAAAUGUGAUGCUCACAACCCCCGCUCUUGAAGAGUCCCUUGUGUUGUGGAGCGGACUAUAGAUUUACCCUGAAAAUUGCUCGGUGAACUCACCUGCCAUCAUACUGUUGCUUAGUCCUUUUUAUGUGUGUGUGCUGCCCCCUUCUGGUACAGAGUGUAGUAAGGCACCCAACAAAUAAUUGUGAGCCUGAACGGAUUCUCCUUGCUUAAUCUUUUUGACACCCUCCAUCGAAUUUUUAUCUGGUAAUUACGGAUAAUGAAAUGUUGGCAUCGCAUUCAAUGAUAGGUGCUUCACAUACGUAAUUUCAUCGACUGAGAUCUUCACAACUUUCCAAAUAGAGAUUCUCAUUUUACAUAAGAGGAAAUGAGGCUUAGGAAAGCUUCAUAAUGACUUACCCAAGCCUGCACAGUUAGUUGAAAGAUGGCAAAGCCAGUUUUCAAACAGUGGACAAACUCAAGCCCUUUCUGUUAUAACACAUUUCUUCCAUGUGGUGUGUAAGGUACUGGUGCUCUUUUAGCACUGGAGGUUUCUCUAACAGUCCCACUGUGUGGUGAGAGCAAACACAAAAGUAUAAUGAAUGUGUGGAAUACCUAAAGCUAUGGUAACUGUGCCUUGAUAACACAGAGGGAGGAAGUUUAUUCUGCCUGAGGGUGUUUAGGAAAGUUCAUAAAGGUGAUUUGUGGGCAGGGCUUGAAAACCCAGAAAUUUUUUAAGAUCUUAGAAUUUACAAGAGAACAGAUGAGUGAAAAGACGUUCAGUGGUAGAAUGUAUUCAGUGGACGUGGUGGAGAUAGAAAGCAAGGAAAAUUAAGCGUGGGAGAAAUGGAGGGUCCUGGAGGCAGGCCAGUAGUAUGUUCUUGACCUCGUGGGAGAGGUGAUGAUGGCCUGAAUUCAAGGAACAGUGAAGGGUGGAGGGAGUAACAUUUGUCAAAUAGGAUUGACAUGUUUUAAUGACCUACCUGGAAUUAGAGGUGAAGGCUUGAUUCUUGGGUUUCUAACUUGGGAGAUGGAGUGUGAGAGGCCUUCAGCCAAGGUGGAGAGAGAUGAGUGGGCAUGGUUGGUGGGUAGGGCUGGGCCAGGCAGUGUUGGAUUCAGGCUUUAAGGGUUCAUUUGAUAUGAUUCUAGACAAAGUUGCUAAGUAGGUGGCAGGAAAAAUGGGCCAAAAGCUUCUUAGAAAAAAAAUUUUUUUUCUCUGUUUUCUAAUAGAGUUCAAUAUUGCCAAAUAGUUUUGUAAUAGCCACUUCCCCCCCCUCCCCCAUAGAUGGCAGUUUUGUAGUUGUUGUUUUCCUCCUAGGGAAAUUGGUCAUUUUUCUUGUUGAUGCUUGGAUAAAAAGACAAAAACACAAGAAUAGCCAUUAAACCUAAAUUAACUAUACUGCCUUUGGAUGAUUUGCUGUAUUUAAAAAUCUUGGGGGAGGGGGGGUUUCCUUGUUUAGCACUUUAGAUGAUCGGAUAAUUAUAUCUUGUUUUGGGUAGGAUUUUAGAAAUAUACAGAAUAAUGAAUGUUUGGGGAUAGGAGUUGAUUAAAAUUUUGCUUUAUUGUAUAUUUCCUUGAUUUCAUGGAUUAGAAUAGACACACCACAAUUUAAGGAUUUUAUUUUUCUGAGCAAUUCAAUUCUUGGAAAGCUUGAAAAAUAGCUUACAAAUUUGAAUCUUGUAACACUAUAUAUACAAACAUUUUAGAUGUUAUAUAUGUUAAAUUUAAUUGGAAAAAAAUGUUACUUAUUAACUGCACAAACCUUUACAUUUUUUCCAUUUUUUUUUUGAUUUUUUUUCCAUUUUUUUUAGGGCUUCUUGGCAGUUCACACAGUUGUUAAAAAGUGAAGGGCAUUCCUCUGAGGGCUUUAGGGAUUUCUUGUCAGUGAAGUUUCUCCCCUGAUUCAUUUGAAGCAAACAGUGUUAUAUGUAUGCAGGCUUUCACUAAUUAAAUUGAAAUUUAGAAUUUAAGAUGGCAUUCAGCACUUCUUAUGCACACCAAGUUUGACAGUGACUGAAUUAAACUAAGUUUGAAAUUAUUUUAAAGUAACAAAAUAAAUUAUUGUAGAAAGGGCAAGUCACAUAAGGAGUCAAAAUAGAUUGUCUUUUCACUUGACAUCUGAGAAGCCUGUAGUAAUCUUAGAAAGUGGUUUCUCUUGGUUUUCAUAAUGUGCUUCUCUUCUGGUUAUCCUCCAUGUUCCCUGGUGGCUAAUUCUUACCCUGUGUUGCCUACUUCCUCUGCUGUUCUACUCUGCCCUCAGAGAGCCUAUCUGUGCCCUUGGUGUGGUCCGUGCUGAUGGCUCCUAUUUAUGUCUCCAGCCUGGCUUCUGAGUCAGUCUCUUGAACCCAGCUGCUAAGGAUGCUGUGCUGCAGAGGUUCUCGGCUUUUAAUGCGCCUCAGUCCUUGUUAAACCUCAGAGGUUCUGUGGGUCCGGAGUGGGAUGAUCAGUUUACAUUUCUAGCAAGUCCCCAGGUCAUGUUGAUGCUGCUGAUCUGGGGACCAUGCAUUGAGGACCUCUGGGAGGAAAGCACAUAUGCCACAGUGGGAGGGGAAGAGCCUGAAAACUGGUUUGUUAAAAUGGAAGCCAGAUUACGACAGUGCUGCUUCUGAAUACGGAAAAGCAGCUGUUGCUUUUAAAAAUGCCAAACAGUUUGAGCAAGCAAAAGAUGCCUGCCUGAGGGAAGCCGUUGCCCAUGAAAAUAAUAGGGCUCUUUUUCAUGCUGCCAAAGCUUACGAGCAAGCUGGCAUGAUGUUCAAGGAGAUGCAGAAACUGCCCGAGGCUGUGCAGCUCAUCGAGAAGGCCAGCACGAUGUACCUAGAAAACGGCACCCCUGACACCGCGGCCAUGGCACUGGAGCGGGCUGGAAAGCUUAUAGAAAAUGUAGACCCAGAGAAGGCUGUGCAGUUAUAUCAACAGACAGCUAAUGUGUUUGAAAAUGAGGAACGCUUACGACAGGCAGUUGAAUUACUGGGAAAAGCCUCCAGACUGCUGGUACGAGGACGCAGGUUUGAUGAGGCGGCACUCUCUAUUCAGAAAGAAAAAAAUAUUUAUAAGGAAAUUGAGAAUUACCCGACUUGUUACAAGAAAACAAUUGCUCAAGUCUUAGUUCAUCUACACAGAAAUGACUAUGUGGCUGCAGAAAGAUGUGUCCGGGAGAGCUACAGCAUACCAGGGUUCAAUGGCAGUGAAGACUGCGCUGCACUUGAACAGCUUCUCGAAGGUUAUGACCAGCAAGACCAAGAUCAAGUGUCAGAGGUCUGCAAUUCACCGCUUUUCAAGUACAUGGACAAUGACUAUGCUAAGCUGGGCCUCAGUUUGGUGGUUCCAGGAGGGGGAAUCAAGAAGAAAUCACCCGCAACACCUCAGGCCAAGACUGAUGGCGUCACCACCACAGCUGCUGAUGAAGACGACGACGAAUACUCUGGGGGACUGUGCUAGUAUUUUGCUUACAGAAAAGAAAAGGAGUAAAAAGGGAAAAGCCUGAUGUGCAAUUUCAUGGACUUCACUGCAGUCAUGACUGCUAAUACUAAUAAAGAGUAAUUUUUAGUUAUCAUUUCUCCCAAAUCACUCAUUGUAACUACUACCUGUGAGCAUUUUCUUUCUAUGAUAAGAGCUUUCCUAAGACACCAGUAGGAAAUAGCAAAUGUACUAUCAUGUUUUAAUACAGUUGAUUUAAAAAUUUUUAGGCCAAAUUCUAGAUAAAUUACAUUCUGAACAAAAGGAGCAGUAGACAUAAUCUUUCUUGGGCUCUUGUAAUUUAUCACUAGAGAUUUUUUCAUUUAGUUUAAUGCUGCUAAAAGUGAAGUUUACUGGUUAAAAAAAUGACUUAAAAAUAUGUUCUAUUUUGAUAAGGAAAUUUAUCCCUCAUGAUAUUCGAUACGUUGAAAUUAUUAAAUUUUUUUCAGAGAUGAGAUGGGUACAGGAAGCCGGUUUGAGCCUCAGAAUAUUAUUUAGCCCCGUAAAAGAUGGAUUUAAAUUUUAUAUGUGGCUUUGCAAAAUUUUGGAAAUAGCAUGUUAAAGUGAUUCUGUAAAUGUCUAGAGUCCUCUAUGAAGUAUAGGUAUUCCUUUCAUCUAAAAAAUACAUAACAGUGGCCAUCUCCAGACCUCCUUAGUUCUUGAGCAGAUGGAAAGUAAUAAAGGCCUUUUUAUGUAUUCUAAGAAACGGGUAAUGUUUCUAUCAAUCUAGUAUACAUAUGUUAUUUUCCCUCCAGAAUAUUCUCUGAUUUGAUUUGAGUUGCAGCUAGACCAUAAUUUGACAUGGGGGGGGGGAACUCAGCUAAAAGGGAAGAAUUGUUUUUAAAAGACACACACACACACAUAUAUAUAUAUAUAUAUAUUUUUUUUUUUGAGACACAGUCUUACUCUGCCCUGGGUAGAGUGCUGUGGCAUCAUCAGUUCACAGCAACCUCAAACUCUAGGACUGAAGCAAUCCUCUUGCCUCGGCCUCCUCAGUAGCUGGGACUGUCACCACGCCCAGCUAGUUUUUCUAUUUUUAGUAGAGACGGGUCUUGCUCUUGCUCAGGCUGGUCUCGAACUCCUAAGCUCAUGCCAUCUUCCCACCUCAGUCUCCCAGAGUGUUAGCAUUAUAGGUGUGAGCCACUGCAGUUGGCUAAAAGACAUACAUUUCAAACACUGUGCUGUCAGUAUAUUAGUCCUUUAUAGUUAUUUCCUAAAAUGUUUUUGAAACAUUCCUUUUUCUCCUUGUGUGGUUUAGACCCAUCUCAUAAUCUGGUAAUUGGAAAGAGGUUUAUAAACAUCAGCAGUGCGCGUUCUGUAGGCACUUUCUACCCAAAGUAGUUUUCUGUUUGUUUAUGCCCUGUCUCUAUCUUUCUGGGCCACAUCUUGUUUAAGUAUACAGUAUGCUUAGUUUUGCUAGGCUCCUGGAAAUGCUAAAGUAGAAUACAGAAGUAACUUUAGCCACAGUUCUGUGGGAGAGCUUAGAGUGUCAUUUUCCACUGGCAAGUGUGCUUGGAGGGGUGGAUGUUAGUAUACAAUCUUUAUCACAGGUCUGAUAACAAACACUAAGAAAUGUAAUGCUUUUUUUGUUUUGGUUUGGUUUUUUAAGACAGAGCUUCAGUCACCCAAGCUAGAGUGCAGUGGCAACAUCAUAGCUCACUGAACAUCUAACUCCUGAGCUCAAGCAAUCCUCCUGCUUCAGCCUCCGGAGUAGCUGGAACUGUAGGCCAUUGCACCCAGCUGACUUCUCUUACUUUUAGUAGAGAUAGUGUCUCAAAUGAACUCAGGUGAUCCUCCCACUUCAGCCUCCUGGAGUGUUAGGAUUACAGGCACAAGCCACCAUGCCUGGUCUAAAAUCUAAUGUUUUGAUUCCUAAAGUUACUUGCAUAUUUCUGUAAGUAGCAGAUCAUGUUUCUUAAUUGUAUUGAGAUUAUAAACAAUCUAAAACUGUAUUUAGGCAUUUGCAUUUAAAGAUAUAAUGUUUCAGAAAUCCCAUCAUUGCUGCUUAUACCUUUUAAAUCCCAUCAAAAACUUAAUGCUUAACAUUAAUGCUCAUUUAGGCUAAUUUUUUUUUUUUUCAGUUUUUGGCCAGGGCUGGGCUUGAACCCACAACCUCUGGGAUAUUGGGCCAGCGCUUUACUCCUUUGAGCCACAGGUGCUGCCCAAGGCUGAUUAUUUAGUAAUACAGAGUUGACAGUACUGUAAACAUAUUUGACUGUUUAUAGACCAUAUUACCCACUACAGCGUUGGGUAAAAAAUUUAAGUUUUAUUCAUCUUACAUAUUUGAAAUUAAAGAGUAAUGAUGUAGUGUAUUCUGUAACAGUUAUACAGCUGAGUGUUAAACAUAAAAGGCUAUACCCAACAUGCAGCCUCCCUCAUACCCUACCCACGUUUGAGAUAAAUGUGCAGGACUUGGGGAUAUUUUUCUGAUAUUAGAGAUUCUGCGUGGUGUUUAAUAAAUAUUAUUUUCAAUUUAUAUAUUUUAUUUUUCCACUUACAUAAGCCUUUUCUCCUGAAGCGAUAGAAAUGGAAAACUUAGUGUUUACAGCAAGAAAACUUGUUCAGCAGAAUCAUAGUGUCAUCACUUUUACAAGCGUGAAAGUCUGCAUGAAUAUGCUCAGAAUCCAAUGUUCAGUGUUCUUUUAUAUUGUAAGUGAAGUCAGUCUAGUCUACAAAGUAUAUUUAAUAUAUUAAGUUUAUUUGUACAUAUACAAAGUAUGGUAUUUGUGUAUGGAAUCUGUGCUUUAUUUCCCAUUUUACAGCUAUUUAAUGAGUAGAAUAUUAAAUGUAGUGUUAUGGAAAUGCAGAUUAUUGCUUCUAUAGGAAGAUAAUUAUGAAAAUAAAACUGGAAACUAUGAAUAUGAUUAUUAUUA